AUGCUGCUCUGCGACUGCUGCCCCUCCACGUUCCACCACGGCUGCGUCGGCCUCGACGCCACCCCGCAGGGGGAGUGGUUCUGCCCUUCCUGCCGGUGCGCCGUCUGCGGCUCCAGCGAGUUCGAGCCUGACGACGGCGAGUUCACCGACAAGACGGUGAUCUACUGCGACCAAUGCGAACGAGAGUAUCAUGCCGGCUGCAUCAGGGGCAGAGGCGACCAGCUCGAGUGCUGCCCGGAAGGGCCAUGGCUGUGCAGCCAUGACUGCUCGAACAUUUUCCAGCGUCUGCAAGGGCUGGUUGGAAGAUCAAUGCCAACCUCAGUGGAAGGCGUAACCUUCACCGUGUUGAGAUCGACGAACCUCCCCGAGGAGGAGGGCAUGGCGGCCGAGGAGCACGGGAAGCUGUGCGCGGCGUUCGACGUGCUCCACGAGUGCUUCAUCACCCUCAUCGAGCCGCAGACGCGGACCGACCUCAGCCACGACAUCGUCUUCAACAGAGAAUCGGAGCUGAGACGGCUCAAUUUCCGGGGAUUCUACGUGGUGGGUCUCGAGAAAGGCGGCGAGCUCAUAACCGUGGGCACGCUCAGGGUGUAUGGGAAGAAGGUUGCGGAGCUGCCGCUCAUCGGGACCCGGUUCGUGCAUCGCCGGCAAGGGAUGUGCCGCCUCCUCAUAAACCAACUGGAAAAGUUGCUUGGCGAGUUGGGGGUGGAGAGGCUUGUGCUGCCGGCGGUGCCCGAGCUUCUACCGACAUGGACCGGAUCCUUCGGUUUCCAAUCCAUGAGUCAUUCCGACAAGAUGGAGAUUGCAGAGCACACCGUCAUGUGCUUUCAGGGAACCACGAUGUGCCAGAAGUUCAUCGUCGGCACGGCGACUCCAUGA